ACCGUACCGCCAGGUGAUCCCGCGCGCCUCCCCUCCCCCCCAGCUCCACUCUCCCCUCCCGCGCCCAGAUCCCGAGGCCCCGCCCCCUCGAUCGCUCGCCCCCGCCGGCGGAUCCGGCUCCCGAUUCGCGGGGGGCCCGCGGCAGGUUUUUGCUUUAUGCUGGUUCAUGUGUCCACAGACAAUGGACUAAUUGCUGACCUGUCUCUGUGAUUCACCAUGGGAAGCAGUGGAGCUGAUACACCGUCUAAGACAAGCAAGGCGUCUGCCCCACAGGAACAACAGCCACCUGCUACCUCAGGUGCUGCAACACCGGCUGUUUACCCAGAUUGGUCCAGCUUCCAGGCAUAUCCUCCAAUCCCACCACAUGGGUUCUUCCCUUCACCUGUGGCAUCAAGUCCACAGGGUCAUCCUUACAUGUGGGGAGCUCAACCUAUGAUCCCACCAUAUGGAACACCGCCACCGCCAUAUGUCAUGUACCCUCCUGGAGUAUAUGCUCACCCGUCUAUGCCCCCGGGUGCACAUCCAUUCACUACUUAUGCUAUGACUUCUCCAAAUGGCUAUGCUGAUGCUACUGGAACUACUGCAGCAGCUGGUGAUACUGACAGGAAGCCCUCUGAAGGCAAAGACAAAAGUCCAACAAAAAGAUCCAAAGGUAGUUUAGGUAGCUUGAACAUGCUUACUGGGAAGAAUCCUACCGAACAUGGUAAGACCUCAGGAGCAUCAGCUAAUGGAGCCACUUCUCAAAGUGGGGAAAGCGGUAGUGAAAGUUCAAGUGAAGGGAGCGAAGGAAAUUCUCAGAAUGAUUCACAUCACAAGGAAAGUGGACAGGAACAGGAUGGAGAUGUUCGAAGUUCCCAGAAUGGUGCAUCACGCUCACCAUCUGAGGGAAAAUUGAACCAGACUAUGGCAAUCAUGCCAAUGCCAUCAAGUGGCCCAGUACCUGGUCCAACUACAAACCUCAAUAUAGGGAUGGAUUAUUGGGCCAACACAGCAAGCUCCGCUCCUGCAAUUCAUGGCAAAGUGACCCCGACAACAGUUACAGGUGCUGUGGUCCCAGCCGAGCAGUGGAUACAGGGGAGAUCUCGUAGUUCUUGGUCUGCUAUACGUUUCCUGGCAGCAGAGGAUGAACGCGAACUCAAAAGGCAAAGAAGGAAGCAGUCCAACAGGGAGUCGGCACGCAGAUCUAGGUUGCGUAAACAGGCUGAGUGUGAAGAGUUAGCUCAACAUGCUGAUGUUUUAAAGCAGGAAAAUGCUUCACUUAGAGAUGAAGUUAACCGUAUCAGAAAAGAGUACGAGGAGCUUCUAUCAAAGAAUAACUCACUAAAGGAAAAACUCGAAGGCAAACAGCACAAAACUGAUGAGGCAGGACUUAACAAGCUGCAACAUUCUGGCGAUGAUAGCCAGAAAAAGGGAAACUAAUUGAGCUCUUAUGCAAUGCUCGCAUGGCAUGGCCCUAACUAGAUUAUUGGGAGGCGCAAUUGUAGUAUGCGUAUUAACUCCUUUAUUGCAGUUAAUUGUUACCAGGUUGUGAUAAUGUUAAUGCCAACCUUGUGUGUGGGUGGUUCCUGUUUCAGAUCUAUCUUGGCUUAUCUUUUAGAAGUCAAGAUGUGACUGAAGACGUAGGUUGUGACCCAGUUCACUGUAUCUGUUAGAAAUAGUGGAUAAACUCAAAUUUACAAAUUUGUAUUGCUGACUAGUACUGUUAUGUAUACCUGGCAAAAGACUGGUUUCUUUUAGUUCAAUCAGGUUGAACUUUUUGCUGGGCUUUCACUUCUACCUAGUUUAUGUAUAAUGUUGCUUACAUCAGUUUGUUCCCAGUUAUUUGAUAUAAUAAUUGACAGAGGGAGGAAGAAUGUCCCAACCUCUAAACCAGUUAAUAUUUUGUGUGUUCAAGACCCUCUUUUUGCCUUUA